AUGACUCUCGGAGAUUUCUUUACGUUGACUGAGAUAAAAGACGGUCUCACAGCGCCUUCUCGAGUGCAGGAGUUGAUCGCUAUUAUGAAGAAGGAUCAAGACAGUGUUGUGAAAAGCACUGGUGAUGCAAUGAGACAGUGGGCUUCUGUUGCAAGCACUAUUGCUGCUACAGAGAAUAAAGAUUGCCUUGAUCUUUUUAUCCGAUUAGAUGGACUGUGGUUCAUUAAUAGAUGGUUAAGUGAUGCUCAAAAAGUUGGUGCUGAUACAAAUGAUGUCUUCAUUGAAGAGUCAAUUUCUGCAAUGUUAGGAGCAGUUGAAAAGCUAUUUCUAGACAGCGGGAAGACAAUUUCAUCAGAAAUUUGGGCCACUGCAAGUAACCUGCUUGUUCAUCACAGCUCUAAGGUUCAAGAUAAAGCAAGAUUACUGUUUGAUAAGUGGAAAGGAGUGGGAAAUGGAGAUGCUGAAUCUCAUGAUAUGGAUACUGGUCAAAGAAGUCAUAUGAGCGAUAAGAAUAUCAAGGUGGAAGGCCAGUUGACUUCAGUGAACGGGGCUAGUAAUGACAAUGACCACAUGUCGCGACUUGAAGAGGGUAUGAAGUCUAUAUUGAGAAGCUCAGAUACUCAGAUACCAGAUAAGGUUGCUAAUGUAAAAAAAGAGAGUUCUGACAGUGUGCACCAAUCCUCUGUAAGUUUGAAUUCUGAAGAUAUCAAAGAGAGAUCAAACCAUCUUGUUACUGUUCAAGAAAAUGCUCCUGUAGAUGAAGGUGAGUUGACAUCGGCUGGGAUCUCUAACUUACCUGUACUGAAAGAAGGAGGUUUCAGAGAACAACCAGAUGAGUUGCAGUUAAAUGACUUAUCCAUGAAGGAGAAGCAAGAACUAAAUGAUAGUGGCCCUCCAGAAAAAUUAGAAGCACCGAUAAAUCCAAUACCAGAACCUGUUUCUGUUGUGUCUUUUGAAGCACCAGUUAAGUCUGUGCCUGCACCGGUAAGGCCUGAAUCUCCUUUGGAACAUAAUGCUAAAAGGAAUGAAGAUGGUAUGUGUGAUAAAGUAAUAGUUCCUUGUAUCACUAGAACACCUGACUCUGAUAGAAUGAGUGUGGUGGAUGAUGCCAGACCCACAAAUUCUAGCAAUACGCAGCCAUCCAAAGCGUCGGUAAAGGAAGAAAGCAAGAGCCAAGUUUCUAGUCAAGGUGAGGAGAUCUCAAACAGCACUGAUUCUUUUAAGCAAAGAAGAGAUCCCACAAGCCCCAACCUUAUUGACAAGAGUUCUGACAUGGAAGUUGAUAAAGAAUAUGCUACAUCUGUAAAGGAAGACGAGGUCCAAGUUUCUGAUCAAGAUGAUGAUACCUCAAAUAGUUCAGGUUCCUUAAAACAGAACGAAGGUUCCAGAAGCCCUAACUUUGUUAACAAGACUUCUGACCUUGAACUUGACUAUGGUAUUGUUGAUGCUUUACAAGUUGCCCGACAGGUGGCUCAGGAAAUCGAGAGAGAAGUCAAUGAUGCUUCUUCAGAGAAAAUCUCAGAAGCUGGCAGCCCAGAUUCUGUUGGCAAAAAUGAUGACCUUGCUUCUGCCUUACCCGAGGAGGUGUCAUCCAGACAAAGCAACUCUGCUGAAGCAUGUCCUGAGGAGAGGUGUAUUAGUGUUUCAGAGGAUAUCGUGGUUGAGCCAGAAUGCCUUCCUGACUUGGAGUCAUCACAGUUGACUGAAGCAGCUCAAGAUCCAGGAGGUAAUUCAGAGAAAAGCCUUUGCACCUUUGAUCUUAAUGAAGAAUACGGUUUUGAUGAUAUGAAUGUUUUUGCAAAUACCAUAUCCGCGACACCAAUACCUGUUGUCUCUGCUUCAAAACCUGCACAGACUUCAGGAUUGCCAACAGCCCCGUUACAGUUUGAAGGAACACUUGGAUGGAAAGGGUCAGCUGCCACCAGUGCCUUUCGUCCUGCAUCACCACGUAAGAAUUCUGAUAAUCAGAAGAAUGUUGCUGCUGGUGGGAACUCUGGUAUUUCAAAACAGAGGCAUGGUUUUCUGGAUUUUGAUCUGAAUGAGGCUGGGGGUGAAGAAGAAUUGGUAAAACAAAUUGGUGAAUCUUCAGGCCUGCCUUCUGGGCAAUCAUCAGUGGAACAUAGCCCUAAAAGAUUUAAGAGGUUAGAACUAGACUUGAACAGUAUCGGUGAUGACGGUGAUGCUCAACCUUCGGAUCAGAGGAUGGAGGGGCAACUCUUUUUCGGAAGAAAUGGCUAUUGGAGCCCAUCACCUGCAUCAUCAUCGUCGUCAAUGCAGCCUUCAGUUCGAAACAUUGAUUUGAAUGAUAGACCAUAUUUUCAAACUGAUUUGGUGGACCAAGGACCUUCAAAAUCAUCUUCAAGUAUUGAAGCAUAUGGACUUUCCAAAUCAGAUGCCCCUGCAAUAUCUAUAAUGGGUGCCAAGGUGGAAGUCGGCAGAAGAGAACAUGUUCCUCAGUUUUGGUCUUUGCCAAAUGGCAAGGCUGUUGAGCCUGCAAUAGAUCUUACAAUGAUGCCAGGAGCAGCUGGCGUUUCAGGGAUGGGCCCUGCGGUAUCAUACAAUCAUUCAUCUUAUUUGGGAUAUAACGGACUGACAUCAAUGCCCCCUUUGUCUUUCUCGCCAGCCGCAUAUGGUUCAGGUGGUACAAUUCCCUACAUGGUGGACUCAAGAGGAGCUCCGAUUGUGCCUCAAGUUGGGGGAUCUUCCUCAACUGUUCUGUCAUCUUACUCUCAGCCCCCAUAUAUGAUGAGUAUGAACGGUACACAACUUGGUUUAAAUGGUGUUGGACCUUCCCGUCCCAGCUUUGAUCUUAAUUCUGGCUUCUUGAUCGAUGGUGGGAAUAGAGACACGUUAACUGCAAGGCCGUUUUUCUUUCCUGGUCAGAGCAGAGCUAUGGAGGAUAGGACCCUUCAACAAUCCUCAAGUUCAGGGGUUGGUGGGAAAAGAAAAGAACCAGAUGGUAGUUGCUGGGAAACCUACCCGUUUGAAUACAAACAUCAGCAACCACCGUGGAAGUAG